CGGACGAGAUGCGGGACCAACUCUCCCAUAAUCCGCUUCAUGUCCGUCUUAUUCACGCUCACGUGAUCUUUUAUAAAAUAUAUUAUUUCGAAUAAGCUCUAUGCAUAUAAAGUUUCCAGUCAUAGUACAAUUAUUACUCCUUUUUUUAAAUUAAUUAACUUCAAAAUUCAUAGAUUUUGAAUGUCAGAUUUUAAAUGAAGGAUGCUUGCAGGAAGCAGAUGACGUUUGACACUUAACCUGAAACUUAGCUAUGGCCGUUUGAUGUAUUAUUGAUUUAUAAAGCAGUUUUUUUUUUAAGAGAUUAAAAUGAUGUAAAGAGUAGUUUAAUAUUAUAUUUUAUUGAAUUUCAAAAGUAAUAGUUAAAAUAUAAAAUGUUAUACUCUCACAAAAAAAUGUAUUUUAUGCUUAUGACAAUUGUUGCUGUCACAUUAAGUAUAAUAAUUUAUCAGAUGUAUUCAAUUGAAAUUGAAGGUGAUAACAAAUUAUAUUAUUCAGGAGAAGUACCUAUAAUUUUAUGGUGGACUCCUUUUGGAACUGAUGGAAAACUUAGAGAUUGUGGACAUUAUCAAUGUUAUUUUACCAACAAUAGAUCAUUUCAGUAUCAUCAAAAGAUAAAUAGUAUUCUUUUUUAUGGUAGUGCUUUUCAAAUUAACGAUUUACCAACAUGGAAAUCUGACCAAGUUCCCUGGGGUUUACUUCACGAAGAAUCUCCAAGAAACAACCCAAUCCUAGUUCAUCAGGAAGCUUUAAAUCUUUUUACAUACUCUUCAACAUUUAGCAGAUUUAGCGAUGUACCUCUGACACUCAUAGAUCUACCUGGAAUUACAGAAUUAUUAAGUAAAAAAUACUUUGUUACAACGCAAGAAAAGACUAAAUUAAUGCAUACGAAAAACCUUGCACCAUUGCUUUACAUACAAUCCGACUGUGAUACUGCAAGUAAUAGAGAUAUUUAUGUAGCGGAAUUAAUGAAAUACAUACGCGUAGAUUCAUAUGGCGUAUGUUUGAAUAAUGCUCAAUUAGAUACAAGGCUAAAGGAAAAUUACCUUGAAACAUUAAAUAGCGAGGAUUUUCUCUCUUUCAUCAGCAAUUACAAAUUUACAAUAGCUUUUGAAAAUGCAGUCUGUCAGGAUUAUAUCACGGAAAAAUUGUGGAGGCCCCUUAUUGUUGGAUCUGUACCUAUAUAUUAUGGAUCACCUUCAUUUAAGGAUUGGCUUCCAAAUAAUAUGUCUGCAAUUUCAAUGUUGGAAUUUAAAGAUCCAAUAAGUUUGGCCAAUUUUUUACACGAACUUUCUUCCAAUGAAACUGAAUAUGAUAAAUAUUUAUCACAUAAAUUAAUUGAUAAUUAUGAAAUACCUAAUCAAAGACUUAAGAAAGCAUUAGAAAAGAAUAAAAGAUGGUUUCGAAAUGAAUUUGGAAAUUACGUCGAAGAAUUCGAAUGUUUUAUUUGCGAAAAGUUAGAAAAAUCAAGGAAAACGAAAUUUGUUAACAAGGAACAUUAUGAAUGUCCACUGCCAAUAAACCCGUUAACAAAUAAAAUUGAUCAUAAUAAUUGGUGGGUAAAGCAAUGGAUUUUAGAAAAGUGUAGUGCAAAAUUAUUAACUUAUUAUUUACAAAAUAAUUUGACAAUUAAUAUGGGCAAUUUCGAAAAAGAAAAACUGCAAUUGUAUAACAAUAAUGACUGCUAAGUUACUGGUACUUAAGUAAUUUUCGUUGAGUAAUAAUACUCUUGAAAUUCUUUGCAUUUAAUUUUAUAUAUUUUUUAUAUUUUGAAAGAAUUAUAUAUAAUAAUCAUAAUAUCAUAAGAGAAGAAGUUUU